AUGAAUGUCUUAAAGGCCGUGAGCAUGCCUGCUCCAAAGCGGUUGCGGGAUUUAAUUCGUGAGAUCCGAUCAGCUCGUACUGCGGCAGAUGAGAGGGCUGUGGUAAAUAAAGAGUGUGCAACCAUCCGCGACUCUUUCCGAGACCAAGACAACACUUAUCGCUGUCGUAAUGUGGCGAAGCUUCUGUAUAUUCACAUGCUUGGCUACCCCGCUCACUUUGGACAGCUGGAAUGUAUGAAACUGAUAGCAUCGGCACGCUUUACGGACAAGCGUAUUGGUUAUCUCGGUGCCAUGCUGUUGUUGGAUGAGAGACAAGAUGUCCAUCUGCUUAUUACAAACUCUCUGAAGAACGACCUUAGCCACCAAACCCAGUACAUCCAGAGUUUGGCACUGUGCACCCUUGGUGCCAUUUGUUCUGUAGAGAUGAGCAGGGAUUUGGCUGGGGAAGUGGAAAAGAUGAUCAAGUCUUCUAAUGCCUACAUCAAGAAAAAGGCAAUACUCUGUGCUUUUGGCAUUAUCCGAAAAGUUCCAGACCUGAUGGAGAUGUUUAUUCCUGCCACCAGAUCAUUGUUGAAUGAAAAAAAUCAUGGUGUCUUGUUGACUGCCGUGUGUCUCAUCACGGAGAUGAGUGAGAAAAGCCCAGACACCUUACAUCACUUUAGAAAGCUGGUGCCUCAGUUGGUUCGUGUGCUAAAAAAUCUGAUCAUGGCUGGUUACUCACCGGAGCAUGAUGUGUCUGGUGUCAGUGAUCCAUUCCUACAGGUGAAAAUUCUGAGACUGUUAAGGAUUCUAGGCCACAAUGACAGUGAAGCUAGUGAAACUAUGAACGAUAUUCUAGCACAGGUUGCAACCAACACUGACACAAGUAAAAACGUGGGCCAUGCAAUUUUGUAUGAAAUUGUUCUGACAAUCAUGGGGAUUCAGUCGGAAGCAGGACUUAGGGUUCUGGCUGUGAACAUCCUGGGACGUUUCCUGCUUAACAAUGAUAAAAACAUCAGAUAUGUUGCCCUGAAUACAUUACUGCGAGUUGUCAGUGCUGAUUAUAAUGCAGUUCAGAGACACAGAACUACAAUUGUGGAUUGCCUCAAGGACCCUGAUAUUUCCAUAAGAAGGCGUGCUAUCGAGCUUUCCUUCGCUUUGAUUAACCAUAACAAUGUACGGGGCAUGAUGAAGGAGCUUCUGCUGUUCCUGGAGACUUGUGAUCCAGAGUUCAAGUCCGACUGUUGUUCCAACAUUGUCAUGGCUGCUGCCAAAUACUCACCAAACAAGAGAUGGCACAUAGACACUGUUUUUAAAGUUUUAACAACGGCUGGCAACUACAUCAAAGGAGAUGUGGUGACCAUCGCCAUCCAGCUAGUGUCUGAGACAUCCUCCCUACACGCCUACUCUGUGCAGCAGCUGUUCCGUUUCCUGCGUAAUGAUUACACUCAGCAGCCUCUGGCACAGGUGGCGGCCUGGUGUAUUGGGGAGUACGGAGAGUUAAUUAACUCUGUGAAUAUUGAGGAGGAGGAGCCCCUGCAGGUGACAGAAGAUGAGGUGAUCACUUUGUUAGAGAAAGUUCUAGCCAACAAUAACUCUUCUGUGGUGACCAAGGAGUAUGUUAUCACAGCCCUGAUGAAACUCUCCUCAAGGCUGUCCAGCUGCACUAGCCGCCUAAAGAAAAUAAUAACCACAUAUGGCUCCAGUACAAAUGUGGAGUUGCAGCAGCGCUCUGUGGAGUACACAAACCUCUUCACCAGAUACGACCAUUUAAGGCCUGCAGUUCUGGAGCGCAUGCCACUGAUACAGGCACACCCUCACAGUCUGGAGGAUACCUUUACAGAUGACAAUGAAGUGAACCUGUUAGCAGACUCAGUUUCCAGAACCAAUGUGCACAACCUGGCUAUCUCUCCCACACAACCUACAGAGAAUGGAGACAUCUUGGAUAUUAUGUCGAACGGCACGCCAGCCGCUCCUCCCAUACAAUCUAACCGAGGUGGUGGAGCUAUAGAUUUGCUGGAUCUUCUGGGUGACCUGGGAUCUGACGUGCCUCCUGUAAAUAACAACACAGUUCUAUCACCAGUUGGUGGGAACAACUUCCUGGAUGGCUUUAUUCAGACUACAGCACCGCCGAACAACUUUGUCAAUGGCGCUUCGUCAUUACCUGUUGUGACAGCUUUCAACAAGAAUGGUCUUAUCGUGGAGUUCAUUUGCCAGCGGGCAAACAAUGAUGCCACAAAAACUGUGAUUAACAUGAAGGCUGCCAAUUCUUCUCCAUUCCCUAUGCUAGAUUUUGUCUUUCAGGCCGCUGUGCCCAAGUCAUUCCAGUUGAACCUCCAGUCACCGUCAGGAAGUGUCAUUCCUCCUGUCAACGCUGGAACUGUCACCCAACUCAUAGAGCUCAUUAAUCCUCAGAAGCAACCAAUCCGCAUGCGAUUAAAAAUCAGCUACACACAAAAUGGCAACACCAUCAGUGAAAUGGGCGAAGUGAACACAUUCCCACCGGAGCUCUGGCAAUAA